GCGCGCGCGUGUGCGUGCCUUCUGCUCCCUCCCUCCGUCGACUGGACGCUGCCACGCUCAUUCGCACUCGUGUCAUUGUUUCGUAGCUGAGGUAAUGAGCGAUACCGCGAACGGCGCUCGUGCCAUCCAGACCUCCUACCCGGUCUCUUACCCAGCUGGGGUGUUCCUCGUGUCAUCCACGCAGCAUCUGGACCGGUACGUGUCGUCUUUGCGGGCCACUCGUAAACUCAAAGCAGGCCAUAAUGUAACCGUCUUUGACGCGGUGCACUUUGCUGAGGCUGCUGUUUCUACGCACUGCACCAAUAGCGCGCCGACGAACACUUGCCGUGCUACAGAACUCGCCACUACGCGCGCGAUUUCGUCUGAAGGUGUUGCGGUCGUGCAUGUGUACAAGGAUGAAGGCGGAGAGAAGGGAAAGCCUCUGCAGGGGGAAAAGGCAAGGGGCCUCUUAACCUCACACGUUCGAUUGCAUGAGACAACGACAGACGAGGCAGCGGCGUUCAAGGUAAAGGCAGAGGAGUUAUCUCCUCUCGCAUCGACCUACGAGGUCUGCUCGCUUGUUACCCUACAUGGUUCUGAAGGGGGCCAGCGUCUCCACGACCUCUUGCGGAUACCCCGUGCGCAACGCACCGGCACCACGUCAGCGCAUUGGCCUUCCUACAUGGCCGUUCACGUCACAGGGGAGCUGUCGGAUGCAGAGCUGCUCUCUUAUCUCCGACCUUGCCCUUCAGCUGCUGCUGCUGGUGCUUUCGACGGUGCAUUGGCACCCGAGAAGCCACCUGUCCAGCCGCCCCUGCCCCCGCCACCACCACCCGUCGCCUUUCUGCGUGGUGUACGCCGCUUUCAUAGAGUGUGCUGCCCUGAUUUGAAGGGGUUGCCCUCCGCCCUAGCUGCAUUGCGGCAGUCUGCUUCACUGCAACGGUGCCGCGUUCGCAGCGAGUACACGGAGCUCAACGUUGUGAAGGGUGCAGACGAACCUGCGAAAAGCGCAGCCCCCGAUGCACCUUCGAUACUCCAGCAAGUGGAACGGCGAGAUCAGCACGGGCUUCGAACAGCACCCGACUUGGCCGACACCGCGACUUUCCCCUUCACCUUUUCGGAGUUGUUUGGUGGCAUCGGUAUGUUUCGUACGGCGCUGGAGCGGGUCGGUGGUCGUGCCACCUUCGCGGUUGAGUUUGCCCCGCCUGCGCAGGUGGUGUAUGCGUUGAACCACUCCUGCUGGCACGACUGCCCGACAAGGCUGCAGCUGCCGAACGCAGGAGGGAGUACCUCACCUUCCUCUUUCUCUUCUUUUACGCCUCCGUUGCCAGCUCUUCUCGUCGGGGACAUCACCGAAAUUCCUACCUUCUUCUUCCCGCAUCACGAUGUGCUGACGGGCGGGUUCCCGUGCCAGAGCUUCGCCAAAGCCGGCGCCGCAGCGGGGCUGCAUGCGGACAAAGGGUGGCUCUUUUAUGAGGUGGUGCGUGUCCUGGCGGCAACGAGGCCAGCUGCCUUCUUGCUCGAAAACGUGGAACACUUGACGGAGGUGGAGGCGGGGAGACAGUUGGAGGAGAUCCUCUGUCGACUUCGCCGGCCAAUCUCCGCGGUAUCGUCGCCUCCCACGACGCCGGACAGGAGCGACUCCAAGAACAGCAGCAGCAGCGACAACCGCACGGAUCUGCAAACGCCGGACCGUACAGGAGAAGAAGAAGCUGUGGAGUACGAGGUACACCACGUGGUGGUGGACGGCGGUGCCCUCACACCGCAGACGCGCCGCCGGGUGUACUUCUUCGGGUUUCGAACAACUCAGCGAGUUGAAAAGGAGGACGAGACGACUGACUUCGAAUAUCCACAAGCGGGCGAGGAGGCGGCGGCGGUGGCGGCGGCGGUCGUGACGGAUGCUCUUCACCGCGUUCAACACGUGGCGAAGACUGCGCCGUACACCUGUGUGUCGGACCUGCUGGUGGCGCCGUCGGUGAAGGGCAUCCCUAUGCCUCGUCAGCGCACCUCCGGGUGCGAGCACCAACCUGCGCGUCUUCUGACGGACCCGCUGCAGCUUAGCCCCGCCCAGUGGGAGGCGGUGCGUCGCAGUCGCACCUUCCGCCAAAACCCGCUGUGGCGCCUGUGCGACCUAGGCGGGAAGGCUCGUACGCUUCUCGGUAGCUACCGGACCAGCUAUCAGCUCUAUUCGGAAUUCGUGCCUUACGCACCCACGCUGACGCUGCAGUCCGUAAAGGAUGCACUGCGGACGACAGACGAUCGCAGCGAGGCAGACGCGCCACCUCCGCUGCGCUUCUUCGCACUUCGGGAGUGUGCCCGGCUUCAGGGCAUCGACGAUGCCUUUCGCCUUCCCCACGUUGAAGGGCUCCCCGCGUCCUCAUCACCCAGAGAUGAAGAUGCAAUCCCCCCUCCCGUGCUGCGUCAGGUGCCGAGUGGGGCGGUGUACAAGCUCGUCGGGAACGCCGUAAACCCGCGUGUGGUGGAGUGCCUUGGCGGCGCCAUCGCCGCGUACUUGCAGAGCCGCCGCAAACAGCGCCACAAACACCCCAGCAAGCUCCCCGACGCUUCCGUUUCAAAGCGAUAA